GCACCGCGAGUCUGCGCGCACGCAUUCCGCAAUCGGUCGCGAUCUAUCCGCACGUAGCCACACUCACGCCGUGUCCGGACUUGCAAAAUGUUCGUAACUAACCAGUGACAAUAGAAAUUGUGUUGUUUUCGAAGAAAUAAAUACUUUUUACAUUCUGUAACAAUGGCGAUCAUAACAAUAAAAUUUUUGGAUGUGGUGCCCGUGAGGUUUAACCUCUGGAUUAUGCUGUUCACCAGCUGCUGGGUGGCGUACAUGCUGCGAGUCAACAUGAGCCUCAACCUGAUCGCAAUGGUGCCGCAGGAAAAGGGAAAUGCAUCAUCGCGAUCGCAAUGCGGCGCUAAAGAUGAUGCUGUGACAAAUGAAACUCUUCACCAUGUUGACAUCACUGACGUCAGAGAAGCACCCAGGCAGGUACCGGGCGGGGAGCAGUUUGACUGGUCAGCCGAGCAACAAGCUCUCAUUCUCGGAGCUUACUUUUGGUGUUAUCCUGUGACGUCACUGGUGGGCGGCAUGGCAGCCGAGCGCUGGGGGCCAAGAUACGUGGUCCUCUUCAGCACCCUGGCCAGUGCAGUAAUGACGUUUUUAUCGCCAGUAGCAGCGAGAUUGAAUCAUGUAGCCUUGAUUGUGAUAAGAUUCUUGCUUGGAUGUGCUGGGGGUUUUAUAUACCCAUCGCUACACGUGCUGGUGGCACGAUGGGCACCACCUGCUGAGAAAGGAAAAUUCGUAAGCGCUAUGAUGGGAGGAACAUUAGGUACUGUGGUUACCUGGUCGCUCACGGGUCCUCUCAUGGAGAAGUUCGGGUGGGCGUCAGCUUUUUAUGUGCCUGGUGCCCUCACCUUGCUCUGGUGUGUCUUUUGGUGGUACUUAGUCGCUGACACACCUUCAGAUCACCCCCGGAUCACAGACGCUGAAAGGAAAUAUAUUUUAGAGGCACUCGGAGACAAGGUCAAGAAAUCAAAGGGGUUGCCUCCAUUCAAAAGUAUAAUUACAUCAUUUCCUUUCCUGGCCAUGGUGGUCCUUCAUUAUGGUAACCUGUGGGGACUAUACUUUAUUAUGACAGUCGGACCAAAGUUCGUUUCAAGUGUACUGGGUUUUGAACUGUCCGCUGCUGGAGUAGUAUCCGCGUUGCCUUAUCUUGCAAGAAUGUUCUUGGCAACCAUAUUUGGCGCGAUAGGAGAUUGUAUAUUGGCAAGGAAUAUGAUGACGACAACUACAAUAAGAAAAUUCUUUUGCCUCUUCUCCCAUAUUCUCCCGGGAGUUCUGUUGGUUCUGCUGGUGUAUGCCGGAUGCUCAACGGUACUAUCCGUGGCGCUGAUCACAAUGUCAAUGGGAUGCAACGGGGCUGCGACGCUCACAAACUUACAAAACCAUCAGGAUCUUGCUCCUAACUAUGCCGGUACCCUGUACGGGGUAGCCAAUUUUGUUGGAAGCACCGCUGGUUUCUUCACGCCAAUGAUUACAGCUUAUUUCACCAGAAAUGGGAACAGUUUCGAGCAUUGGCGUCCUGUUUUCUUUGUUGGAGCCUCAGUAUACGUAGUAUCUGCAAUUUUCUUUAUACUGUUUGGCACGGGCAAUAUACAGCCAUGGAACUUUGGCAGAGAAGAUACUACUGAAGGGAAAGAAGACAAAGAGAAGAAUGGUGAUCUCAAAGAUAUGAAUGGAACUGCUCCAAAGAAAUUAGAUGGAAAAGACGUAAAAGAAACUUCAUUAAACGUUGUAGGCUAAUCAUUUUAAUCCGUAGACAGGUUAUUAUCACUUUUAGAAGAACAGUGAAUUAAUUAAUUUGUAACGGAUGUGUAAAACUUGUAAUUUAUGCAGAUUCUUAGUUUUAAUUGCCUAUGAAUUUAUUCUAAACUAUGACUGGACUCAAAAGUAGCGAACGUGAACGACGUGUGGCUGAUUUUAAUU